ACUCUCCAGGGACCCAGAGCGUUGGCUGAGAGGGAGCGAGCGAGCAGGGGAGGGCGGGGAGGGAGGAGCACAUCCUUAUGCAGAGAUGCUGCAGUGGCUUUGGGCACACACAGCCAAGCAGCAGCACAAAGCAAGAACUCGGCUGAAGGAGGAGGGCGGGCAGGAGAGAGGAAGGUUGUUGCAGCAUCGAGGGCUCUAGGAUCUCCCCUGCAUACACGCCACGCACACACAUCAACACACGUGUCAUCCAGCCCAAGGGUCCCUGUCCCUAUUCCUCGAUAAAGAUAACCCCCACCACGAGGCACACGAUGGGAGCUCCCACAGAGCUGGUUUUCAUCUCAUUAGCCAUCAUCACCUUUACGGGGCGGUGCCCAGCACACGGUACCAUAAGGAACUAUGGGCCAAUCUUUGAAGAUCAACCAGUCAACACCCUCUUUCCUGAAGGCUCAACAGAAGAGAAGAUAACUUUGGCUUGUCGAGCAAGAGCCAGCCCUCCUGCAACUUACAGGUGGAAGAUGAAUGGCACAGAAAUGAAGAUGGAGCCGGAUACCCGUUACAGGCUAGUUGGGGGCAACUUGGAGAUAAGCAACCCAGUAAAAGCCAAGGAUGCUGGGUCUUACCAGUGCCUGGCAUCUAACCCCAUGGGCACGGUCGUGAGCCGAGAAGCCUACGUCCGCUUUGGCUUUUUGCAGGAAUUCUCCACAGAAGAGCGAGACCCCGUGAAGAUUACAGAGGGAUGGGGGUCGAUGUUCACCUGCAGUCCCCCUCCACAUUACCCAGGCUUGUCCUAUCGAUGGCUCCUGAAUGAGUUUCCCAACUUCAUCCCAGCAGAUGGAAGGCGCUUUGUCUCCCAGAUGACAGGAAACCUUUACAUUGCCAAGACAGAGGCAUCGGACCUGGGCAACUACUCCUGCUUUGCCACAAGCCACAUCGACUUCAUCACAAAGAGUGUCUUCAGCAAGUUUGCCGGACUCACCCUUAUUGCAGAGGAUGCCAGACAGUAUGCACCCAGCAUUAAAGCCAAGUUUCCUGCCGACACCUAUGCCCUGGCUGGGCAGCAGGUGACUCUGGAAUGUUUUGCCUUUGGAAACCCCGUCCCUCGGAUAAAGUGGCGAAAGGUGGACAGCUCACAGUCCUCCAAGUGGAUCUCCAAUGAGCCCCUCCUGCAGAUCCAAAACGUGGACUUUGAAGAUGAAGGCACUUACGAGUGUGAGGCUGAAAAUGCUAAGGGAAGAGACACCUACCAGGGCCGCAUUAUUAUUCAGGCUCAGCCAGAGUGGCUGAAGGUGAUCACAGACACGGAAGCAGACAUUGGAUCUGACCUACGCUGGAGCUGUGCAGCAGCUGGCAAGCCAAGGCCUAUGAUCAGAUGGCUCCGGAACGGGCAGCCAUUAACCUCUCAGAACCGCAUCGAAGUGAGCAGCGGAGAGCUGAGACUUUCCAAGCUAGCCCUGGAGGACUCUGGCAUGUAUCAGUGUGUAGCUGAGAACAAACACGGCACAGUAUAUGCAAGUGCUGAAUUAACAGUGCAAGCCUUAGCGCCAGAUUUUCGGCUAAACCCCGUGAAGCGGUUGAUACCAGCAGCCCGAGGUGGGGAGGUCAUCAUCCCGUGCCAGCCCAGAGCAGCACCAAAGUCCAUUGUGCUCUGGACCAAAGGAACUGAGCUCCUGAUCAACAGUAGCAGGGUGACUAUUACCCCAGAUGGCACCUUGAUCCUCCGGAAUAUCAGCAAAUCUGAUGAGGGGAAGUAUACCUGCUUUGCUGAGAAUUUCAUGGGAAAAGCCAACAGCACAGGAAUCCUCUCAGUUCGAGAUGCCACCAAAAUCACCCUGGCACCAUCUAGUGCUGACAUCAACUUAGGCGAAAACAUUACCCUGCAGUGCCAUGCCUCCCAUGACCCAACUAUGGACCUAACUUUCACCUGGUCCCUGGAGGACUUCCCCAUUGACUUUGAAAAGUCGGAAGGGCACUACAAGCGAGCUAGCAGGAAAGAGGCUAUUGGGGACCUCGCCAUCCUGAAUACUCAGCUGAGGCACUCCGGGCGGUACACAUGCACAGCCCAGACAGUCGUGGACAGCGCAUCGGAAUCAGCCAUGCUGGUUGUAAGAGGACCUCCUGGACCCCCUGGGGGCGUGGUGGUGGUGGACAUCAGUGAUACUGCCAUCCAGCUGAGCUGGAGCCGUGGCUUUGAUAACCACAGUCCGAUUGCCAAAUACACCAUCCAGGCCCGCACCCUACUCUCCAACAAAUGGAAGCAAGUGCGCACCAAUCCUGCAAAUAUUGAGGGCAAUGCAGAGACAGCCCAGGUGGUGAACCUCAUUCCCUGGAUGGACUAUGAAUUCCGUGUCCUAGCCAGCAACAUCCUUGGAGCUGGGGAUCCUAGUGGGCCCUCCAGCAAAAUCCGCACCAAAGAAGCCGCCCCUACUGUGGCACCAUCUGGGCUCAGUGGAGGAGGAGGGGCCCCCGGUGAGCUCAUCAUCAACUGGACGCCAAUGCUGCGGGAGUACCAGAACGGAGAUGGCUUUGGAUAUAUCCUGUCGUUCCGCAAGCAAGGCACCCAGGCGUGGAAGACCGCACAGGUGCCCCACCCAGAAUCGCUGCACUACGUUUACCGCAACGAGAGCAUUGGGCCCUACACCCCAUUUGAAGUGAAAAUCAAAGCAUACAACAGGAAGGGGGAGGGACCGGAGAGCCUGACUGCCAUUGUGUACUCUGCAGAGGAAGAACCAAAAGUGGCUCCCUCCAGGGUUACAGCCAAGGCCGUUUUGUCCUCGGAAAUGGACGUGUCGUGGGAGCCCGUUGAGCAGGGAGACACGAAUGGAGUCCUUCUGGGCUACGAGAUCCGGUACUGGAAGGAUGGCGAUAAAGAGGCAGCAGCGGACAGAGUGAGGACGGCAGGUCUCGUCACCUCAGCUCACGUGACAGGCCUGAACCCCAACACAAAGUACCACAUGACAGUCAGAGCUUACAACCGGGCUGGAACGGGGCCAGCCAGUCCCUCUACCAACAUCACAACAACAAAGCCACCCCCAAGGAGGCCACCUGGUAACAUCUCCUGGACAUUUUCCGGCUCCAGUGUCAGCGUCAUGUGGGACCCUGUGGUUGCAAAGGCAAACGAGUCCACUGUCACUGGAUACAAGAUGCUCUACCGGCAAGACUCGCACUCCACUCCCACACUGUACCUGGCCAGCAAGAACCAGAUUGAGAUCCCAAUGCCUGAAGACUCCACUCAUGCCCUGGUGCAGAUUAGGGCAACGGGGCCAGGAGGAGAUGGAGUCCCAGCAGAGGUUCACAUCCUCAGAAAUGGCGGCACAAGUAUGAUGGUGGAAAAUUCUGCAGCCAACCCAGCACUGCAUACUGCCGUUAUUACGACUAACUCUCUAGUAAUGUUGGUUCUGAUUGGCUACUUGGAGCUCUGAUGCUAGCCAAUCCAAUUGAGGAUCACAGGACACAAUUCCUCCUCAGCCUGCACGGAACUAUUCGACAUUUGGCCGUUGCAACUACAAGUUUGUGCCACAACAGUGCUACAAAAAAGGGGGUCGUCAAAAUCAAUGUAAGGGGGAAGAAAACAAAAGAAACACUCAUUUUUUUUAGAAAGUAGAACGUUUCAUACAAGAUUUUUUUUAAAAGAAAAAAGAAAAAAAAGAGGAAGAAUUGUGUGUGAAUUCUGGGAGCCAGCUGUCUUAUGUACUUUAUCCAGUAGGUUUAUUGCCUUACGAAGCCAUGUAUGAAAAUAACCAGACUGCUAAACUAGACUUUUUUAAAAAUAUGUACAUUAGCUUUUGAGGGGAAGAUUUCAACGUUAUCAGCAUGCUCCAUAUCAACCCCACAGCCAUCUCUGAACUGACAGCUCUGGUGUUCAAAGAUAAGGGAGAAUAUUAUUGGAGGAGCUUUUCCCAGAUCCUGAGCCAAAUCAGCUAUUUUGCAGCAACCAGCUCAAGGAGAAAAAGCCUCAAGAGAAAGGAAUAUCUGUGCCCUGCCUAUCCUGAAGGAGAGGGAUGAGCUUAGUACUUAGGUGGUGAAAAAGAAAGAGAAAAUAGAUCAUAGGUGAAAUUGAAAUGGUUUUACUUGCCUCUUACUGGCAAUGCUGGGGCUGACUUGCAAUCCUGUACAACAGGUCACCCUGGCUGUUAUGCUAAGAGGUGCAACCUUCAGUAUUACCCACAUCCUGGGAUUGUUUUGUUGUUGUUGUUGUUUUCCCUUUGGGUGUUUUGUUGUUGGGUUGUUUGUUUUGUUUUGUUUUGUUUACUUUUCUCGAAUCUAAAAUUUGGGGAGAUAGAUCCAGCCUAUUAAAACGAUUUGAGAGGAAUUCAUCUUCGGCACACAGAGAGGGCCUUAAAGGGGGAAGAACGCAGACAAUUCAACCGAGGAUUGGUGACUCAAGGAUAGCUGAGGCAGCAGAGUUGCUCUGGACUCAGAGGAGACUCUUCUCUCUCUCGUGCAAAUGAUUCCCAUCUAGCCAAAAGUAUUAGCCACGCCCCACGGUUGUGAGAUCAAGGUUUAACCAGUGAGUGAGUCUGGCUUUUCACAUGCGGGAUGCACACAGCCAGCUAAUGGGGGGAUGCGGAUGUGACAGAAUGCUCAGCUGUUUCAGUGACUGGUCUGGUUGAGAAAAGUUUGUUGCUUUGCAAAAUUUGUAAUGCCAGAAGAUUGCAUGUCCAGAGUAAUCCACAACCUGAUUCGCUGCUCUCUCUGGUGAUUCUCAGGCUGCCUUCAGGGGUACUUGCCCACAUCUUCUUUCUUCAUAACUGACGGUAUUGCUUACCUGACCAACUUUAUUCCAUAAUUACCUGACCAGGAGGUUACAUUUGCCAAACUGUGCAAUGGGAAGGAGGAGGAUUGAAAUACAGUUUCUGUGCUAGGCACCCAAUUCCGUGUCCUCUCCAGCUUCGCUGAGAAUGAACCAGUGAGGUUAGUUGAGGAAUCUUGUUAUGACCCUCUGCCAUGCAUUCAUGCCCUCCUGCAAUAACUGUAUGGAACUGAUCCAUGAUGGGCCUGCAGAUUUCAGUGCUAGGAUCUCUCCGGGGGAGUAACAGCACCAUAUCAGCAUUAGAAGCAAUUCCUUCCUCUUGCCUGCUAAAUUCUUCACAAAACUUACCACACAAAAUUCUGUUAAAACUUUACAAGAACGUAAGGGGUUUUGGAAUAGCUACUACCAACGGUGUAAGGGUAUUUGAAUCCCAACUACAUGCUGUAAAGGGACUCUGGCAUCCCAGCUACCAGUGUCAUUGAGUCUACUGCUUCUCAGAAGGCUACGUAUUUUCACAAAAUGCCUCUGAGAGGCACUAGCACUGCAAGGAUCCCAUGAGACUAGAAAGUCAUUAUCUACAGUGAGCAAAUAGUACACUUGACUUAUAAGAUGGUCAAGUAUACCAUGUGCUAUCCUCUCAAUGCAUAAGGGUUUAUGCAGGUCAGUACCCCAAGUAUUCAGAUCAGAAUACACAUCUGGUUUAAGGGCAGAUGUUCAAAGGCACAAUGGGAAUUAGGAGCCCAACAGAUCUUUGUGCCUUUGAACAUCUGCCCCUUAAAAUCUAAGCCUGAUCCUGCUACUAUUGGUGUAUGCAGACCUGCCACUGAAGUUAAGGGGAGUUUUUUGUGUGGAUUUGAAGUGAUGAAGUAAACGUCCACAAAUAUAGGGGCCAGAUCCUGAGCUCGCGUAAACUGGCAUAACUUCAUGGACUCCAAAGGUCUUCUAAUUUGCAGUAGCUGAGGCCAAUCAAGUCAAUUGGAUCUGCACCCGCAGCUCUUGUUCAGACAAAGGAAUUUUGUCCAUGAGUAAGGACUGAAGGGUUGGGCUCAUGUUUUUAAGGACAGCAUAUUUUGUACAGACUGGGGAAGUAAAAUGAAUAUCCAGCAUCUAGGGCCCAAUUCUAAGCAUCCACACUUCCCUUGGACUCUCAGGAUCAAACCACUGCUAAAGAAUGUUUCACAGAGUGAUUGUGAAAACUUAGGGGCCUGGGGAAAGCUUUAAGACUCCAGGUGAUUUCCUUCUGGAUUUGUAGCAAAAAUGAUUUUCUCCUGAAGAUUGCUAGCUGUAUUUUUUUUCUCCCAAUCCUAGCUGGUUCAUAAACUAUGCAGAUUGUGUCCAGAGACUAGGGGCUACAUUCUGUCUGGACUUCACAGGAUUGUGCAGUGAGGAUGGAAGGGGCCUGGUAAGUAGAGGAGGGACCAAAUAGCCCCCGCCCUUCCUUACACAGUCUGUGUACGGCUUGGCCAGAAUUGCAACCUUUGAGCUAGAGAGUACAUAAGAGCUGCUACUGCUAUCUUUCCCCCAGGGACCAGAUGUGCUAUUCUCCCAAAAGGGGGCAAGAAGUGAUGGAAAGUAAUACACCAGGCAGGCCUAACUGGGGAGUUUGCUGCACCCUUAAACUGAUCUACAAAGCGCAACUAGGAAAUAUUCUGUUUCCAGUGCUCCCCAAGAGGUUAAACACCACCGUCCAGCCCUCAGUGUCAGAGAGGGGUCAGGGAUGGCUUGCACUAGCUAAUCAUUUUUAAAGCUAUUGUGUGUCCCAGCUCUUAUUGUGCAUUUAGGAGCUUAGGUGCGUAAAUCCCUGCCCAUGUAAAGGAGUUAUUCCGGCAGCAUACACUAGCGAGACCCCAAUAUAAUUGCACAGCAUCUGUCCUACACACCAUCACAAUUUGUUUUCUGACAAGAGGGGAAGUACACCAGCGGAAUUCCUACACAAGAAGCCAUGCACACAGUGUGAACGCUGGGAACUGAGAUAAAGAAUGGGUGUUAAUAUAUUUGGAAAAGGAGAGAAAUAUAUGGAGAGAUGGAGGAGAGAGGAAAAAUUCAGUGGCAUGGAAAAUUGCUAAACAGUUAGAAUGAGAGACCAGACAGAGAUGGAGGAUUUCCCCUCUCUUGGUUUCCUCUACAAAUAAAUCACUGAGAGAAACCAAGUGAAGGGCAGUGAGUCAUACCAGUCAGAUAGGAGAAAUGACAUACACAGAGUAGAGGGAGCUGAUCUGGGGCCUUGCCAUCACUACAAAAUGUGUAUUUUUUACUUCGGGGUGACUAACACUCCUGAGCUACCCCAACGUAAAAACACAGCGAAGACAAGGCAUUUAGAAUUACCAUGAGGUAAACACGAGAGGUCAGCCCCUGGAAAGGGUACAGGGCUAUUCACCAUAUGGUAAAACUGAAGUGUUUUUACAUCUGAAUAGCUCAUGCAUGCCAGUUAUCCCAUGGUAAUAAAUGUACCUUUUCUAGCAGUGAAAACAACGCCAUAGCCUCACCAGGAUCCCCGCCCAUCACUACCUCUGUUUAAUUAUGCAGCUUGAAUUUCUGCACCAUAAUCUAUUUAGCAACAAAUUACCUGCUGGUUCCCCCUAGUGGAUUGUUACAGUGUUUAUGAAUGAUAGCUGUUGUCUAAAUAUAAAUUAUUAUAUCUAUUUUUGUACAUUUUAUGUUUAAAAAUCUGAACCUAUUUUAUUGACGUGUUUCUUUUGCUUUGCAAAUUAUUUUGUGUUAUUAAUAAUGCCUCACUUUGUUAUCUCAUAUCAGAGUUUUCUUGAGCCUUCAUCCUUUGUCCCAGUGGAGCUGGGGCAAAGGAGAAUUUAGGAAUAAAACCUUGCUUGAAAGCUUAGAGAUUUGGAGCUGGAUCAGUCCUGAUGCUUGAUCAACCACCUGGCCAGGUGGAAAUACCACAGAAUUAUUUAUAGCCAGGGUCAUAACAACAGCGAUACUUAGCUCGAAUAUGGCAUCAUGUAGCUUCACAGCAUUGCACAAAUGUGAACUAACAAUCCUUGCACCCGUGCUGGUGGAGUACAGAAAUAUUAAUCCUACCUUACAGAUGAAGAGACUGGGGCAGAGAGGUUAAAUGACCAGCCAAGAGAGUCAAUGAUGAGCUGAGAUUAGAAUUCAGGAGUUCUAGGCUUCCAUGUAUCAAGAGGCUGAUGCUGAGGGUUGCAGGAUUGGCCUGUGAGCUACUUCCAUUGCAUUUAAACUGGCUGUUGCACCUCUGGGGAAGAGGAAAGUGGCCUGUUUUCCAAGGGCACCAAGAGGGCCGAGAUGUCUGUGUCCCCCUGACUAGUUCAGAGUAGCUAAACUAAAGCAUGUGACAGUAGGUAUCUGUAUAGGAUGUGAAUGUGUUUUCAUUGACUUCAUUUUAGGCUGAGGGGUGAACAGCAUUUAGUUACUCCAAGGGAGUUAACGAACUGAGGUUCAGCAUCUUUGUCCCGUUCUAACGGAGACUUAUUUAAAUGGCACUUGUAUCUAGACAUGGUCCCAAACAAGUGCUUGCAAACCCCACUGUCUGUACCUGCAGCUGUGCCAAUUUUAGUGAAUUUUAUGGCCUUAGGAAAAUAAAGGACUUGACAUUCCUGGUCAGAGACAAAGUAUCUGAGUGUGACAGGGUCUAGAGAAUAAGAAUUUAUAGUUUGGAGAUACCAAUGGAUUUUAAAUAGUAGCAACUCAUAGCAUUUUCCCUGGGGGUUAAUGCAUUUUUCCAGACAUUUUUGUUAAACUGUAUCACAGGUACAUUUUAUGCAACAUGUGACAAAUUAUUUGAAUUGGAUUUCAAAUGUUACAAACUGACCAGUUUUCAUGAGUGUGGCUCUAGAUUCUAAAUAGAGGGAAUACAUUCUAAUAUCUAAAAUACAGUGGGUAAAAUUUACAAAUGUACCUAAGCCCCCCUGAAAAUCAAUUGUCCUCAAUUUUAAUUCAUUAAGGUUUGCACAGUGCUUUGAAAAUGUAAAGCACUAUAUUAAUUAUUAAGUAUUAUUCUUCAGCAUGAUUUUUAAACAAAAUUUUGUAAUAUCUUAAGUAUAUGCAGGACUGUACUGUACACACAAAUAGAAAUGUGUGAUCCAGUGGCCAGAGCAGAGGACUUGGAACAAGGAACUCCCAAGGUCUAAUUCUUGUUCCAACACUGUGUCCAUCUGUAGCGCUGAGCAAGUCAUUUCACCUCUGUGCGAGUCCGUUGUGGGAUAAUUAAACUAACCUACAGCACCGGUGAUUCAUUAGUGUACAUUUGCAAAGUAUUUUGCAGAUUGAAAACACAAUACAUUGUGACUGCUGCAUCUUAUCUAUGGAUUUUUAAAUCAAUGAGUAUUUUCCCCCCCUCGGUUUCUUUCCGUUGGUUUGUGGGGUUUUGUUCCCUCUUGAUCUCAAGGAGGGAAGUGGCAGAGAGGGAAAGGAAGCGGAUGGUUUAAAGAGCAACAGAGCAGCAAGAUGUCACUGAAAUAUUGUGGAUGAAGGUAGAAGCAGAGUGUGGGAAGAAAAAUGACCCUUUUGCAUUCAGCUAGGGGCAAAGGGCCAAUCUCAGGCUUAGAGAGUUAGCUAACACAUAGUAGAAGCCUACUGGGGAUAAGGCAGUUCUAGUUUUAGUACAACCUGUUACCAUGUGUUAAAAAUACAACUCCUUUAUCUACACUACGAGUUCACUACAUAUUAGUUAUUAGCAGUUAGCUAACACCUGGUAAUAAACCCACACCGUUUUUCCUCGUGAAGACAAGGCCAAAGCGGCACUGGUGGAUAUUCAAACAGGGUCUAAACUAUGUGAAAUGGCACAACAGACUCAGCCAGAGCCCUCAAAAGGGAGGAAAGGAACAAAGGGGCGUGUGUGAAAUUGAACAGGGCUGCCUCAGGCUGUCGGGGGUGGGGUUCAAGGAAGAGGUGUUCAAAGCAAGGAGAGAAAAACAACUUGGCUUCAAAGUAGUUUAAAUGGAUGCGUUGGCUUUACACCCUGGCAUUAAGCUGCAAACCAAUUUCCUGCCUCAUUAGGAAUCCCCUGCAUUUAAUUGUGAUUUAGGGAUUAAUGCAGGGGACCAGGAGUCAGGAUUCCUGGGUUCUGUUACAGCACUGCCACCAGCUCUCUGAGAAAAGUAACUUUGCUGAGUCUGUUGUACUCAUCUAUAGUAAUAUCUACCUCACAGGGGAGUUGUGAGCUUCAGUAACAGGUGUGAAGUUCUCGGAUAUCCUCAAGUGACACGUUACACAGCAGUGACUUACUGAUAUUUUAAAUUAGGUAACAUGAUAUAAUCUUCCAACUGAUACUAUAUGAUUUUCAACACCAAGCGUUAGGCUUCCCAUUAUGUCCUCUGGCCAAAAUUCUGCACACUAGUACAUGGAUGUAAAUCUGGAGUACUUCAGCGGAACUACUUCAGAUUUACAGCAAUGCAACAGAGAAGAAUGGGUCCCUCUGUUUUUUUGUGUUGGAUGGGAGACCGUUUUGUACCUUGCCCAGGGAAUCGUUUGGAUGGCACUUGAAUCACACUCCGCUAAUUAUUUUAAGAUCCCAUCUGCAUUUAACCUGCAAGGCUCCCCCUGUAUUAACUGGUUUAACUCUCUGCUGUGAAUAUUUUAAUCUGACUUCACUAUACAGGAACAGGGGCAGUUUUCUUCUCAAUUUUGUUGUACACUAUUUUUUUAAGAAAAACAAAAAGGUAACAUUGUAAACAUACUGUAUUUACUGUAAUUAAAGUUAUUUAUUGGCUACAGUAGCACGCAGUUCGUAAAUAAAGAUCUUCAGAGGCUUUA